AGGGUGUGUAGAGAUGUCAGACAAUUGACUUAAUACAUCGGAGCCUGCCUCUGACAGUUUUGUUAAUUCCAGUAACAUGAAAGAGGAACAGAAUUUCUGUGUGGCUGGAACACAGCACUGAGUUUGACUUUGGCAACAAGUCCAGAGCCAGCCCAAGAGCCAGGCAGAGUCACAUCGUUCACAGCUUCAUCAGGAAGUUCAAAUCUGGUGUGUCUGCUAUAAUCGUGCUCAGUGGGCCCCGGACUGCAUGUGAAGUAGUUGCAAGUUCUCAGAAAGUUUGCCAUCUGAAAAUCUAGCUGCUUUUAUUCCCCUGCUGGGAAAAUUUUUCCACCUAUAGACUUGCUUAAUUAUUCCCAAAAGAGAGAAGUUUUUAGCUUUCUUUAUUCAAAUAAAGGGAGAGUCUACAAGAGUUAUUCCCCCUGUAGAGGCUUUCAAAGUAUUGGGAGACACAGCCCCUUUUUUAUGCCUUUACCCUGACUCUUGUGAACCCUUUCUCCAUUGGCUAAGGUAUCUGAGUACCUCAGGUUCACAUUCUUCUCAGCACACCUCAAACAUGUCCCCCUCCCCCCAACCCCUUUAUUUCCUUUGUUUAUACAUACUUUGUAAUUUGGAUUCAGACUUUGUUUUUUUGCUCAACUAGAGCUGUCUUUGUAUCCUUUUUGACAAAGUCCAUCAAUCUUUGUGCUGUCAUGCAAACAGGAUUUACACACAAGUGCUAAGCUAGCAUCUCCAGCCACAUACCUGCAAAUAAGUUUGUUUAAUCAGUUGUUCUGCACAAAUCUUAUUUUGCAAGGACAUCUUCUUUCAUCUCACCCCACAACUGUGCCAAUACACGACGGUGUUCUGUGCAUUCCUUACCUCUUCAUUGGCAGUUCCAAAUAGAUUUUUCAGCUUUCUCAUUGCAAGGAAGAAUGGUGUUGAUGUUUCAGAACACUGUUCUUGUUGACAAUAAUAGCUUUCUGCUGAGCUGUAAUAGCUUGUUGACAGCCUUAUGACAUGUACGUUGCCGAAGUAGUAACCUAGGACAAACUUUUUGCACUUGCUAUCAUUAGAUCUCAUAAACCGUUUUAGUGCCUAUUGUAACUUACUGCAUUCAUUUAUUAAUUUUCACUCUGAUGAAUAUCUGAUGUCAUCAUACUCAUAGAAUAUCCUGAGUUGGAAGUGACCCACAAGGAUCAUUGAGUCAAACUCCUGGCUCCACACAGGACCAGCCAAAAUUCAAACCCUGUGUCUGACAGCAUUGUCCAGAUACUUCUCAAAAUUUUGCAGCGUGGGGCCAUGAUCACUGACUGCCCUGGGGAGCCUGUUCCAUGCCCACCAUCCUCUUCCAAAGAACCUUUUACCUAAUAUACAGUCUGGUUAUUUUUCACUCUCUUUUCUAUAAACACUCUACUCUCUUAUAUAUACGUCAUUUGCAGCAUCUGGACACCAUCUGAUCUUCAUGACACGUUGCUACAUUUCAAAAAGAACCUUUCAUGAAUAGUCUGUACUUGUGCAAAUCUAAACAGAUAUGUCCAUAAAAUGUGGAGCAAGUCCAGCGGUCCUGCAUGUGUUGCUGCCCAAUUGACAUGCUGACCAGCCACAGAGUUCACUGAACUUCAUUUUUUUCUCCUACACCUUGCAUUAACAUGGUUGAGGGGGAUAUCUUGAUGUGCACUGUGUGCUACACUAUAUCCUGUAUGAGCUUUGUUAACACAUAAAGUUUUGAUUUUGAUCAGUCAGCACAAACACUAACCUUUGUUUGCCAUUUCAACUGGCAUUAGUUGUAAGAGUCUGCAUUCAGUGGCACUUUUUCAAUCAGGGUUAGUUAUAAGUGUUCCAGUUGUAGACAAAGCCUGUGCCAACUAAUGCAGUAAGAUGCUUGAUGGAAGGGGGAAGGGGAUGGAGGCAGGGAAUAGGAGAAAGUAGAGGGGUUGGCAGUGGUGAAGCUAUACUGUUAGUUACAUCAGAGCAAUGGUAUAAAUGAAAAGGUCUGUAGAAAUAAUUGGAGUACUCUUGUUUCCAAUGCAAAGCAAGUAAGCAAGAAACCAAAGGGAUAUCGCAACCUUUUCAGGCAAGUGCACUUCCCUCCAUUGUUCUCUAAGUAAAUGUGUAUUUGUGUGGCAAUAUUCAGCACUAAGUUGGCACAGGAAAGAAUCCUCACUGCAGAAGGACUAGUCAUAGACUGCAAGGCUACAAAAAUUAAUGAGAAAAACAUUAUAGAAUAAGACUUAUUCACUAUUUUACAUUAUCCAUUCCAUUUCCUUAAAAAAUGUAGGAUAAGAAUAACCCUCCUUUUCAAAAGAACUAGAAUUUGUGUCCACAGAAGAAAUGUUUAGGAUUUUUUUUUUUUUUUAAUGUAGGCUGCGUGCUUUAUUACUGCUCAAUGCUGAUUCCUGUUCUGUUACUGUAAAUUUGGGGGAAAUGUUAAAUACAACAUAAUCAGCAGGGCCGGAGCAGUAAUAAUUGGAAAGCAUUAAUAAAGAAAAUGCUUUAUGUUCCAGUACAGAACAAAAGCAAAGGACUGAAGACAAGAGGAGGCAAAUGCCUGACUGACAGUAGCACAGAAAAAAACCAGUUCAUUGCCUAAACUAAGAAACAUGGUAAAUUCAAACUUAGAAUUCAGAGCGAAAGUAAGUAUGCAUUCUUGAAAAUAGGAUUGCAGACUUGCUUUCUAGCUAUCGUCUGUUAAUACUGCUCUGGCGGGAGCAAAAAAACUUAAGAUGUUAGAGGCCCUGAGUAAAGAAUGUGAUACUCAGAUGGUCUCUUCCAGCAGAGUAUAACAUGCCUGCGAAAUAUCUGUUGCCAAAAUGUUUCUUGGUACAUUAGGAUGAACGUAACCACAAACUUGCAGGCAUCUGAAAUUAAGCAGUCAUUCCACUCAAACUGAAAGAGCUUUCAUGGAUAAAUAACUGUUCUUCAUAGAUUAAAAUAAAAUAGCUUGGAGGCUUUUUAUUCAUAAUACUUUAAUAAAUAACCAACAACAACACAGCCGUUUCUAUGUAAACAUUAACAGCGGACCUGUCUCAAUCUAUCACGGAAAGCAUGUUUUUACAAGAUGUUACUUUAAAAGGAAGAAAUGGGAGGAGCACUGACUACGAUUGAAAGGUUUGAGAUGUUUGUAUUUUUCCUUUGGGUCUCUGUGGCUUACGGAAUGGAACACGCAACACGAUGCAACGCUCCUGCUUGUUUUCCAGUUGGAAUAGUGAGGCUACUGGAGGAAUAUCUGUGUUUGAAUGCAGUUAUUUCCCAUCUGGAUUCUAAUUAAGUCCUGUUACGUGGUGCUUCAACUCAGUCCUGAACUGAAGAUUGUAAACGUGCUGCAUCAGUUCCUCCUAAAUGCCCUUUGGCACUCGGCAAAUUUAUGCCUUUCUACUGGUCUUGUAGUUCAUGGGGAAACAGAAAUUCCAGAUAUUGUGCUGUACGUCAUACUGAUCUUUGUCCAAAGUACUUCAAAGAGAGGACAAUAUAUUGUUUCAGAAGACGCAGGUUCCUUAACGUUUAUUAAUUGUGUUAAUGUGAAGUGGGGAACUCGUGUGCAAGAUAUUUUCACAUAUGCAAAACUUAUGGCCCUUGUCGUGGUGAUAUCUGUUGGCCUUUACAAAAUUGGUAAAGGAGAAACAGAAAAUCUCAGAGCUCCCUUUAAGGGCUCAGCAACAGACCCGGGAAUGAUUGCACUGGCUCUGUACUCAGCCCUCUUUUCCUAUGCGGGGUGGGACACCCUGAAUUACGUCACCGAGGAGAUGAAGAACCCUGAGAGGAAUUUACCUCUUUCUAUUGCAAUUUCCAUGCCCAUUGUGACUAUUAUUUACUUGCUGACUAAUAUAGCAUACUACGUAGUGCUGGAUAUGUCAGCACUCCUCACAAGUGAUGCAGUGGCUGUGACGUUUGGUGCUGAAACGCUUAGUUAUGCUAAGUGGAUAAUUCCUAUAGCUGUGGCCAUGUCUUGCUACAGUGGGUUAAACUCAUCAAUAAUUGCAGCAUCUAGGCUUUUCUAUGUUGGAGCCAGAGAAGGACACCUCCCUGACAGUCUGAGCUUGAUUCAUAUGAAGAAUUUCACACCAGUCCCUGCUCUUCUCUUUAAUGGUUUAAUGACUUUGCUUUAUCUCCUUGUGGAAGAUGUUUUCCUCCUCAUUAAUUACUACUGCUUCAAUUACUGGCUCUUCGUGGGCCUGUCUAUUGCAGGACUAAUAUAUUUGAGAUAUACUCAGCCACGUAGACCACGGCCUAUUAAACUUAAUCUCUUCUUCCCUAUCAUAUACUGUUUAUGUUCCCUUUUCCUGGUCAUAGUUCCUCUCUACAGUGACACGAUCAAUUCCCUUAUUGGCAUUGGUAUUGCCCUCUCAGGCAUUCCUGCAUAUUAUUUAGGAGUCUAUCUGCCAGUUGAAAAAAGACCUAAAUGGCUACAGUGGCUCUCUGUUACAACAACCAGAUACAUUCAGCUGCUCUUCUACUGUGCUCUGUCAGACCUGGACAUAGACAUGGAACCUACAAAAGCUAAAAGCAAAUAGGAUUGCCUUGACAUUGGGAAUUGCACCCAACACAUCCUGUCCGGAACAAUUUUUAUAACCUGAAGUUCUCUCCGUAUCCUCAGAUAUGUUAAAGCAUCAGCCACUGUACUUUGCACCAAUUUGAUGUCUGUUAAUUUCUGCUUGUUUCAUAAACCACUUGCCAGCCUCUGUUUUACAGGAUUUUUUUUAACUGUUCAUAAACAGUUACUGAACAGCACUUUGAAACUAUAAAGUAUGAUAUGAACAAACACUUAUCAGUAGGUAAUUAUUAGGUUCAUUGUAAAAGCUUAAUAAAGAAAAAAAAAUCCAUCAGAAUCCUAAGAAAUAAAUUCAUCAAUGUAACAAAAAUCAAAUCAGAUAUCUACAAGAUUCAAAACUUGAGUUGGGAAGCAGAAGCUUCAGUGUACUUCUAAAAAUAUUCCUAAAUUCUUAGCCAAAUAAAAAAUAGUCUGCACUGGAUAGGAUACAGUUGGCAAUUGGUUUUGGUCAAUUAUAUUUUGUGAGAAAUUCUUAUUUAGUUAUAGGCCAUAUUCAUUACCCUUCUGUGGAAGAAGUAUCUUCAACAAACAAAUGACACUCUUGUAACUGAUGUAUUUUUGCUUUCUGGCAGAACAUCUCACUGUGGAGCACUGUAAGGGACUGAGACAUACUUCAGUUCAUUAUAUUCAGAGAAAACACAUUUCCAUAGAAUCCACUGCUUGCCUUUCAGUAUCAAAAGUAUAAAAAAAUGAAUCAUACUAAUUUUUUUUGCACAGUACAAGUCAUUUAAAGACUUUUUAAGGAAAAAAUUAAAAAAUCUUGAUUAAAAAUCUUGUGAGCCACUGCCCAACCCUGCAGGUUGGUCUUUUGCAGAAUGGUUGAGGUUGGAAGGGACCUCUGGAGGACACCUGGUCCAAACCCUCAGAGUCAUCUAGAGCAGGUUGCCCAGGACUGGCCUUGCCAGUUCUUCUGGCACAGCACCCUGCAGUCCUGCUCUUCAGCAAACAGAGAGCCUCCUGCACUGGCUGCCAGGCCUUCACAUCUUGCAGGUGCCCAUUGCAGCACUAGACAAGUGCACCCACCAGUGAUUAAAUAAAUGGGCAGAAAG